GUGGGUGGCCCUUCCUCGCUCGUCGCAGUGUGACGGGGACAGAAGGACCCAGACCUUUAAUCCUGUUUCGCAGUGGGUUUAGCAGAGCAGAGGCUGCAGCAGGUUGGGAAUGAGCAUGGAGAAGAUCCUGAAGGCAGAGCUGAACACCUCGGUUCUGAAGGCUCUGGGGAGCUCGGGGGGAGGAUGCAUCAGCCAAGGCCAAGCGUACGAGACAGACAGCGGAAAGGUGUUUGUGAAAAUCAACCACAAACCUCAGGCUAGAAAAAUGUUUGAAGGGGAAAUGGCAAGUUUGGAAGCAAUUCAGAAAACCAAGAUUGUGAGAGUGCCUCAGCCCAUCAAAGUGAUUGACCUGCCUGGAGGAGGAGCAAUGUUUGCCAUGGAGUACCUAAAGAUGAAGCACCUCAACAAGUAUUCUUCAAAGCUGGGAGAGCAGAUAGCAGAGCUUCAUCUUUACAACCAGAAACUUGGAGAGAAGCUGAGGAAUGAGGGAAGCACAAUUGGCAAAGGAGCUGGUCACUGCGAGUCCCAGUACGUGGAGCAGUUUGGAUUCCACACAGCCACUUGCUGUGGGUACAUACCACAGGUGAAUGAGUGGCAGAGUGACUGGCCAUCCUUCUUUAUCCGUCACCGACUCCAGGCUCAGCUGGAUUUGAUUGAGAAAGAUUAUGGAGACAGAGAAGCCAGAGAACUUUGGUCACAGCUGAAACCAAAGAUUCCUGAAAUGUUCUGUGACGUGGAGAUUGUUCCUGCUCUCCUGCACGGAGACCUGUGGGCAGGGAAUGUGGCUGAGGAUGACUCUGGGCCGAUUAUCUUUGACCCUGCCUCCUUCUACGGCCACUCAGAGUUUGAACUGGCCAUUGCUGGAAUGUUUGGGGGCUUCAGCAGCUCUUUUUUCUCUGCUUACCACAGUAAAAUACCCAAAGCUCCAGGAUUUGAGAAACGAAACAAGUUGUAUCAGCUCUUCAAUUACAUAAACCACUGGAACCACUUUGGCACAGGGUACAGGGGCUCUACCCUAAACAUGAUGAGGAAACUUCUGAAAUAACCAGGUAGGUUUGAGAAAUUCUGAGACAGUCCCUUAGGAGUGAGCAACUCCUGCUCGUCAGAACUGAUGGUAAAACACCAUGGACAUGGAAAAGGCUUAGUGCACUCUUGAGCCUCACUAAUUAAGAGCAAUUGUGUAAUUUAUAACUUAGGCACUAGUUCCCCAGCACAGAUUCCUCCCCUGCUGAAGGAAA